AUGCAUUUACUCUUAACAGCCGGCCCGGCGGCUGCACGCGCACAAGCGUUUUUUUUUUCUUUCGAAUCGGACCGUCAUACCAAGAGAAUCAGAUACAUACAGAGCACAAAAUUAAAACUCUCUCUCUAUCUAUCUCCUUCUCUCACUCUCUCUCUCUCUCACUCUCUCUUACAUUCUAUCUCACACUCUCUCUCUAUCUCUCGCACUUUCUCUCUCACUCUCUCUCCGAUACUCUCUAACUCCAUCUCUCUCACUCUCUCUAUAUCUCUUACUCUCUCCCUCUCCCUCGCUCUCCCUCUCUCUCACUCUUCAUUUCUCUCACUCUCCCCCUCUCUCUCCCUCUUUAUCUCUCUCGCUCUCCCCCUCUUUCUCACUCUCUCUUUCUUUUUUCAUUCUCUCUCCCAUUCUCUCUAUCUCUUUCUUACUCUCUCAACCUUUCUCUAUGUCUCUUACUCUCUCCCUCUCCCUCGCUCUCCCUCUCUCUCUCACUCUUCAUCUCUCUCCCCCUCUCUCUCUCCCUCUCCGUCUCUCUAUCUCUCUCGCUCUCCUCCUCUUUCUCACUCUCUCUUUCUUUUUCAUUCUCUCUCUCAUUCUCCUCUAUCUCUUUCUUACUCUCUCACCCUUUCUCUAUCUCUCUCACUCUGUCUCUUACUCUCUCCCUCUCCCUCGCUCUCCCUCUCUCUCUCACUCUUCAUCUCUCUCACUCUCUCACUCUCUCUAUCUCUCCCUCUCUCUCUCUCUCCUCUCUCUCUCUUUGAAACUGGUACGUCAUUCACAUGA